AUGCACUGUGCUUAUCAAUUAGCUAAACUUAAUAAAAUUAAAAAUGAAUAUAAUAAUUUUACAACUAGGUUUGAUGAAAUAACGGUUCAAGAAACAGUAGAUGAUUCAGAUUGUGGAAGUGAAAAUGAGAAGUGUGAUGAUGAUAAUAUAGAAAAUGAAGAUAAUAUGUUCACUUGA